UCUGUGACUAUUGACAGUUAAUAUUGACAUCGUUGGCUCAUACAAAUUUAUUUUCAGUUGAUAAUUAACAUUCCUCCUUCAUUAGUAGCUUGUAAUAAUAUAAUACAAUGGCUCCUGUAGAUGUGGAAACUCCACCUAUUGAAAUUCAAAUGAGGAAUUUAAAUUUAUCGGGUCAUGUUGGUUUCGACAGUCUACCUGAUCAGCUAGUUUCAAAAAGUGUGCAGAAUGGAUUUAUUUUCAAUAUCAUGUGUAUUGGGGAAACUGGAUUAGGCAAAUCUACUCUAAUGGAUUCCCUUUUCAAUACUAAUUUUGAAUCUAGCCCAAGUCCCCAUACAUUACCAACAGUUAAAUUAAAGGCUCACACUUAUGAGUUACAAGAAAGCAAUGUCCGUCUUAAAUUAACUAUUGUGGACACUGUCGGUUAUGGAGACCAAAUCAAUAAGGAAGACAGUUUCAAGGCAAUAGUAGAUUACAUCGAUGCCCAAUUUGAGAAUUAUCUGCAGGAGGAACUAAAAAUAAAACGUUCUCUGUCCAGUUACCAUGACUCUAGAAUUCACGUUUGUCUCUACUUCAUUUGCCCCACAGGCCAUGGAUUAAAAUCAAUUGACUUGGUCUGUAUGAAAAAACUAGACCAAAAAGUGAAUGUCAUUCCCAUUAUAGCAAAAGCCGAUACGAUAUCAAAAAUUGAAUUACAAAAAUUCAAAUCAAAGAUUAUGGCCGAAUUGCAGAAUAACGGGGUCUUUAUAUACGAAUUUCCAGUGGACGAUGAAUCUGUUUCUGAAGUUAACUCCACCAUGAACUCACAUAUCCCCUUCGCAGUUAUAGGUAGUACAGAUUUUGUACGUGUUGGCAACAAAAUGGUUCGAGCUAGGCAGUACCCUUGGGGUACCGUGCAAGUAGAAAACGAAACUCAUUGUGAUUUCGUUAAGCUUCGCGAGAUGUUAAUUCGGACAAAUAUGGAGGACAUGAGAGAGAAAACUCAUUGUAGGCACUACGAACUCUAUAGGAAACGACGUCUUGAACAGAUGGGCUUUAGCGAUGUCGAUGCUGAUAAUAAGCCGAUAAGUUUUCAACAAACUUUUGAAACCAAGAGAUCUAAUCAUUUGCAAGAAUUGCAGCAGAAGGAAGACGAGAUGAGACAGAUGUUCGUCGUUAGGGUUAAGGAAAAGGAGGCGGAAUUGAAAGAAGCCGAGAAGGAGCUUCAUGCCAAAUUUGACAAGCUCAAGAAGGACCACACAGAGGAAAAAAAGAAAAUCGAAGAGUCCCGUAAGAAACUGGAAGACGAAAUCGUGGAAUUCAACAGGCGUAAGGCCCAGUAUCAGCAAAUGGGCCAGAGCCACCACACUCUCACGCUGGGGAAGAGUAAGAAAAAGUAAUAUAUGGAUUGGAAACAUAAACUGACACAGUUUUUAUGUUUUAAAAUAUUUAUUGAUACUUUUUAGCCUACACACGAUUUAUCUUCUCAAAGUAUAUAUAUAAUUAAGAAAAAAAGUCUUGAAGAAAUAGAUUAUGCUCGACUUGGUGUUGAUUAUGUACAGUUCUAUCUACAUUAUAUUUUUAUAGCUCUAGUGGCCUAAAAUUGAUGCAUUUAUAUUUGAAAUUUAUUUGUGUUUAUGCUUUUCUAGUUUUUUAGAAAAUGUAUGAUAUUACGCUAAUUAUAUCGAGCUUUGUUGUAGCGGCUUACGGGAAUACUUAGAAACAACGCCUAAACAAAGCAAAAUUUUUUCGAAUAACGUAUGAGAAACAAUAGUUAAGAUAAAUUAUUUACUAUUUUACCAAAGUUAAAUAUUGUAGUCUAUUCGAUUUAAGUUUUUUAUAUCUUAGCAGUAAGAUUAUACGUCCCAAUAGUGUAAGUUAAUUAGUGUUUUAUAUUAUAAUUGGUGUCGUCAAUAUACUGAAAUAUAUA